AUGUCUUCUUUCUUUGGAUCUGGCGCCGCUGGUACUGCCGACAUGGCCAACCGCAAGGAGCAGAUGAAGCAGUCUAUCCAACAAGAGCUCGCUAUCGCCAACGCCCAGCAGCUCAUUAACAAGAUCAACGAAAACUGUUUCGCCAAGUGCGUCACCAAGCCUUCUACCGAAUUGACUGGUUCUCAAGAAACUUGUCUAUCCCAAUGUAUGGGUCUUUACAUGGCCGCCUUCGACCAGGUGUCUCGAUCGUAUGUCCAGAGGAUAUCGAAGGAGAGGGGAGGUCUUCCCGGUCUCUAA